AAACGGGUGCAACACAUUGGACAACACUGACGCCAGCAACGCUAAUAUAAUCGGCAUUUUCAUUUGUAGAGAAAAUUUUACUUUUCCACGAAUUAAUUCACAUCUAGAAAGUAAAGAUGCCAAAAGGACGUGUUAGCAAUGUGUGGCAGCACUACGACAUCAACGAGGAUUGCGAAAACUUUGCGAUAUGCCGCUAUUGCGGUAAUAAUAUAUCGCGUGGUGGCAUGGCCAGCAAUUUGAAGGGGAACAAUACCACCAAUUUGUGGACGCAUCUGCGUCACAAGCACAGCGACGAGGUGAUCGUAAAUCCGGUGCAGAGCCGCCAAGGGCGUAUUAUUCCCAUUAUUAAAAAAGAGAAAACCGUGCGAAUAACUAAGGCCAAGCAGCUGCGGGAGCCAUUGCAUGUGGCCAAGCCGAAGAUUGAAAGACAGUCCACCUCGUAUGUAGGCGAGGCUGGAGCACUCCCGCAGAAGUGGGAGGAGUAUGAGCAAAACGAUGAGAUCAGCGAGGACAUCAAGGAUAUUAUCUACAGCGAAGAUCCGCUCUGCUACAGCCCCAUACAUGUCAUGGAGGAGGAGGUUGCCCUCGAGUCUGGCGCAAAGGUCACCGUGCUGAACCCCAGCGUCCAGACCCGCUCCACCAUCAGCGCCGCACCUGUCGUGGCCACUGUGGUGGCCUCAAACACCAACACGGCCAACGCGGCCAAACAGCUGAAGAACAACCUGGAGACAUCCAUCGACCGCCUGACCACGGUCAGCGAGCAACUGAGCUACAUCAUUCAGCAGAACCACGAGGAGCAGAGCAAGGAUGACGACUACUACUUCGCCCUGAGCCUUGUGCCCAGCAUGCGUCAGAUGUCGCUCAGCCGCAAGCUAUAUGUGCGCACCAAGAUCCAGGAAGUUAUCUUCAAGGCAAGCGAGGAAUCCGGCUCCGCCAAGGACGAAUGAAUAGAUUAAGUGCGGCUACCAGGAAAAA